UAUCAAAAGUCAGCUAGUCCAAAGAUCAGACUUUGAGUUAGGAGACCAUCUGUAUGUUUGUUUGGAUAUGCAAACAUAUGGUGACUAUGGCAUCCUCAUCGACGAAGACAAAAUCAUUCAUUUUGUGAACCCAAAGAAAGGUUACAGGGGUUUUCUUGUUCGUUGGUGCACACCUUUUAUGAAACGAAAGACGUGUUGUCGGACGUCUUAUUGCGGACAGGAGAAAGUAGCGGGAAGUAGAGUAAGGUUGUCUUGCGUCGAUUGCUACGUUAAGGAUCACAACUAUCUGUAUCGAAUCACAUACACCUCAUCAUAUACCCCAGCAGAAGUGAUAGAUAGAGCUCUUUAUCUCUAUGAAAAUUGGUGUUCAAAGCAUAAACGGAUGGGCAUUAAUAACAAUCAAGAUUUUGCAGUUUAUUGCAGGAUGGAUAUGCAUCCAACAACAGUCUGGGAAAUUCUGCAUAAGAUAUUCCCCAGCUGUUUUAAAUGGAAUGAAGAAGAAUUCAAGCGUAAGGAUGUCGUAAAUUAAGUACAAGAGUCGAUAUCUUCGUUAAUUAUUUGUCUCUAAAUAAAUUGUAUUCAUAAUGAAUAAAACACGUAUGUAUAAGUAUUCAACCAUUUUCAUUAGGGUGGGGAGGCAUGUGAAAUUAAUGAAGCUCCAUCAAUGAUGUUAUUAGUUCAUGAAUCCAACUGGAAUAUGUGCA